UCUCUCUCUCUCUCUCUCUCUCUCUCUCUCUCUCUCGAGUUUUCUGUCAUUUCUAGAAUAUUGGGUAGCAAAGCUGCACUGAUGUCGACUCGAUAACGAAGAAGAUGUUUGAAAUAGUCAAACAGUCUUUCUUCAAUAUGUGUGUCCAGCCAACAUUAGUUUUUGACAAAGAAGAAGAGUUUUUCAUUGGUCGUACCUUUUGUCAUGCGAUAUUCUCAAAUACGGAGUAACCAUGAAUGUAUCGUUCAAGACUAGUUCCAGAAGGAUUGUCUGAAACUGUCAGCAGUCUUUCUUCAAUCUGUUUUUCCAGUCGGCACUGAAGCUAAAAGGAGAAGCGAAUGAACACCCGAGAACUGAGUUGAGUUAGAUUACCAUUUCAAAGCUGAGCUAUGAAAAAACAUGGCUGAAAGUGGAAGCUAUAGGUAUGCAAUGGACGACAUGGAUAUCGUUCGAUUUCUGACUUCCACAGUGGGCAGUUUCAUUCAGGAUCGGUUGGUUGACAAAGAACAGAGAACCCAACACAAGGAACAAUGUGCAGAAAGAUUAGCAGCUGAAGAUGGAACCUCGGAUAAAGACAAGGAAAUCCGGUACUCUGAUCAAGCGGUAUUAGCCAAUUUGGAUUGGGGCAUUGAUGCUCUUGAAGAAGCAAUUAACACAUCCAAUAUGGAAGCUAAGCUCGCACGAUUGGAUUACGCGGAGAAGAUGUUACAAGUGUGUGCUAUGUUGAAUUCUAGCCAUAAAACCGCUGGGGUACCUAAUUUCUAUCUUUCUGCUUGGGCUCACCUCAACCUUUCUUAUAUGUGGAUAUUGCGAGACAAUGUCCACAAUGCAAUUUUUCAUGUCCUUGAGAUGUUUACAGUUGACCCUUUCUUUUCCCGGAUUGAUUUUGCUCCUGAACUGUGGACAACUCUAUUUCUUCCACACAUGAGCUCAAUUGUUGGGUGGUAUUCGGAGGAGAGACACAGACUCGUGAUGGAUGUUAUCCCUGAUUCCACUGAUUUGUCCUUUACGAUGGAUUUUGAUCAAUUUUUCAGUGAAUCCUUGAUGUUAUCAAUAAGGCCGGAUCAAACAGAGAAAAUGCAGAAGCUUGAGCAGGUUUAUGGGCAGUCCUUGGAUGAAAAUACAAGGCUUUAUGCAAAAUACUAUAAAGACUGCAUGACCUUUGAUUCUAGCACUAGCAGGAAGGCCAUUCCAAUGAUGCCAAUUGUUGAGCCGCCUAUGACUCCUUUGCACGAAGUGAGCCGGUCAAUCCCAGAUUAUGUUAAAUUCGGUCCCAUCUUGCCUAAGAGUGCUGGGUUUUCCCCAGUUCUCAAAUAUAGAGAGAACGCAAGAGAAGCUUCCAGAUCAAGUGUAACUUCCACCUUCUCAGAGAACCUGGAGGAGACUGCUAUGUGGGUUCCACAAGAAGGCAUUCCUGAGGAAAAUGAAGAAGAUUCUGACGAGGAGAGUGAUCUUUAUGAACAUUCUGACACUCUCUCUGGUAAACGAGUAUCUCUUAACAGCUUUGUAACGAAGAAGGAAGGGGAAACUAGCCCAAACCUACAGCCAAAUAAAGUGAAUAGUCGAAUGUAUUCUCCUACAAUCUUCUCUCCUAACUAUUCUACCGAAAGUGGAUCAGUAAAGUCUUCUUCUCCCAAACCAGACCCGCCUUCUAAAAAAGAAGCUCCUUCUAUGUCACGCCUUUUGUCUUUUCGUAUGAGGGCUGCCCCAAUUUUGUCCUCCUUGCCUGUGUCUCCUCAAUUCCAUAAUGAUUCCAGCGUUAGCCCUGGAGACACAGAUGGUGAAACGAUGGAUCAACAGAAAAGCAGCAGGAAAAACGGCAGACGCACCAUGAGUUAUGGAAAUGGGACUAGCCAAAUGAUUGAAAACAGUUAUCUGGAUGAAAGUGAUGAAGGAAGCCCGAGUUAUGUUUCUCUCCCGCUGUCUGAGAAGCCGACUCCUCAUUCAAAACUACCAAAAGACUUUGUCUGUCCCAUCACCGGCCAGAUUUUUGGUGACCCGGUUACACUUGAAACAGGUCAGACAUACGAAAGAAAAGCAAUUCAGGAAUGGUUGAAAAGAGGAAACACAACGUGUCCCAUUACCCGGCAGCCUAUAUCUGCGACUUCCAUGCCGAAAACAAACUACGUUUUGAAAAGGUUAAUCACAUCUUGGAAAGAGCAACACCCUGACCUUGCUCAGGAGUUUUCAAACUCCGAAACACCAAGAAGUUCCUUUGGCUCUUCCACUUCAAAAGGAAAUCUCUCAGGGUCCUCUCCUUCUAGAACCUUCAGUACAUACAAUCUUAGGACCAGGGAUGAAUCUAAUAACAAUAACACCAGAAGAUUACCUCGCCCCCCUGUGGUGACAUCUCCGACUAGUGUGAUAUCUCAAGCUGCUCUUGAAACAAUGAUCAAUGGCUUAAAACCGUACAUCACAUGUCUAUGUACUUCGGAGGACUUAAAAGAGUGUGAAGCAGCUGUGUUGACAAUUGGCAGGAUAUGGAAGGACUCAAAAUCCGAUGCAGGGCUUCAUUCAUAUUUUUCAAACUCAAUGGUAAUAACUGGAUUUGUGGAAAUUCUGUCAGCUUCUAUGGAGACAGAAGUUCUCAGAACAUCGGUUUGCAUCCUCUCUGAAUUAAUAUCUGCAGACGAUAGGGUUGCUGAGUCUCUUACACAUGUAGAUCGUGAUUUUGAUUGCUUGGCUUCUCUGCUAAAAAAUGGUCUAACUGAGGCUUCUGUUCUUAUAUACCAAUUGAGGCCAACAUUCUCUCAACUUUCGUCUCAUGACCUUAUACCCUCCCUUGUCCAACUUAUUCUAACAAGAAACGAAGACCUAGAUGAAAAUAAAUUAGUAAUGGAUCCAGAAGAUGCUGCAUUAGCAAUACUUGAGCAGAUAUUGUUGGGAGGAGACGAGAACAGCAGGUCUGUUAAUGCUAUGGCUGUCAUAUCUGCAAAUGCAAUUCCAGCCUUAAUUGAGCGCUUGGAUAGGGUGGAAGGAAGAGAGGUCAUUGUAACCAUACUGUUGUGCUGUAUUCACGCAGAUAAGGGCUGCAGGAACUUGAUAGCAAGCAGAAUUGAGUUUUCUCAUGUUCUGGAAUUGUUUCAUGCUGGAAAUGAUAGCGCGAGGGGCAUAUGUAUAGAUUUUCUAUCCGAAUUAGUUCAACUGAGCAGGAGAACAUUCUGCAAUCAGGUGCUACAGAUGAUCAAGGAUGAAGGCGCAUUUAGUUCUAUGCACAGCUUUCUUGUCUAUCUACAAAUGGCUCCAAUGGAACAGCAACCUGUUGUUGCUACUCUUCUUCUUCAGCUUGAUCUCCUGGCUGAACCCCGAAAGAUGAGCAUUUACAGGGAAGAAGCUAUAGAGGCAUUAAUUGAAGCACUUUGCAAGAAACACUUCCCUAAUUCUCAAAUCACAGCACUUGAUGCCCUAUUAUCUCUUUCUGGGCGUCUGACUCCCUCAGGGAAGCCUUACAUUGAAGCCUGGUUACUCAAAAUUGCCGGAUUUGAUCAACCGUACUAUGCUUUGAUGCGAGCAGAAAGGACAAAAACACAUGAAAUUGCAUUGACAGGGACAAUGGAAGAUGAGGAGAAAGCUACAAGUUCUUGGGAGAAAAGGGUAGCUUUUGUACUUUGCAACCAUGAAAAAGGAGCCAUUUUUAGAGCACUUGAAGUGUGUCUUGAGAAUAACUCCAUAGCCAUGGCAAAAUCAUGCCUUGUCAUUGCCACUUGGCUCAUAGACAUGCUCUAUUGUCUUCCUGAUACUGGUAUAAGAGACGUUGCCCGAAAGGCUUUGCUUGACCAGUUCAUAAAUGUGCUGCAAUCGUCAAAAAACAUUGAGGAGAAGAUCUUGGCAACACUAGCUUUGAAAAACUUCAUUGCUGAUCCAGGUGCACUAAAUGAACUAGGGGUGUAUGCCAAGUGCAUGUACAAAACGUUGAGAAAGCUAAAGAGGAAUUCCACAAUGGUCAAUGACAUACUGAAAACAUUGAUGAACUUGCCAUCCGUUGACGCAUCAGGGCUGUGGGGUUGUGCUGAAGCGGCUGAGUUAGAUUCUUGUGCAAAUGGUGAGGUCUUGUGUCUGCUACAUGUAAAAGGCCGUAUAAUAAGCAGUCAUUCUGACGGGACUAUAAAGGUGUGGGAUGCUGGUACGAGGGUUCCACAACUGCUUCAGGAAGUGCGUGAACACAUAAAAGCUGUCACAUGCCUCUAUGUUUCGUCGUCAGGCGAUAAACUGUACAGUGGCUCCAUGGACAAAACGAUUCGGGUAUGGGCAAUCAAACAGGAAGCCAUUCACUGCUUUCAGAUUCACGACAUGAAAGAUGCAGUCCUGGAGUUAACGGCAAAUUCCAACAUUGCAUGCUUUUCCACCCAAGGAACUGGAGUUAAGAUAUACAAUUGGUCCGGGGUUCCAAAGCAUAUCAACUUCAACAGAAAUGUUAAAAGCCUUGCCAUGACCGACGCUAAACUAUACUGUGGAUGCACUGGUUACAGUAUCCAGGAGGUGGAUCUAAGCACAUACACAUCCACUGUGUUCUAUGCUGGUGCAAAAAAAUUGCUAGGGAAACAAAAUAUACGUUCUCUACGUAUCCAUAAUGGUCUUCUAUUUGCUGGUGGAUCUUCUGUUGAUGGCAUAGCAGGGAAGGUCUUCUCUCUGUCCACAAAGGCAACAAUAGGGUCAUUCUCUACGGCACUAGACAUUCACUGCAUGGCAGUGAACAAUGACUUCAUUUUUACAGCCUCGAAAUGGGGGUUCAUUGAAGUAUGGUUAAAGGAGAGAGUCACAAGAUUUGCAUACAUCAAAAUGCCCGGUGGAGGAAAUGCCAGAAUUACAUCAUUGGCAUCAGAUUCAAAUGGAGAGAUGCUUUUUGCUGGCUCCUCUGAGGGCAAAAUCCAGGUUAGAACACUUGCCAUACUUAACAAUAUGCUAGUAGGAAUAUGAUAGCGGUUUCAUGUGUUUAAUACGAAAGUUUCGAUUCUAAUUCACAAGUCCAUUUUAUGUUUGAAAUUAAAGAGUAAACGGUGUAAACAAAAACAUCAAGUAGCUUGUGGCUUCUACCCUGUCACCACCACCAAUUCUUAUUA